AUGCGCAAGGAACGAGAGCUAAGGAAGGCUCUUGAGGCCAAGAUCACCACGACCGAGAAGGAGCUGGUAAGGACUCUAAAGGAUGCGCUGAAUGCGGCAGACAAAAAUCCGCAGGCAUCCGAGUUGUUGGAUGACAAUAAGCUUAAAGGACUCAAUUAUGCUGAUUGGUUUCGUAACCUGAAUCUGGUUUUGACGUUCGAGAAAUUGGACAAGGUAGCCAAGAACCUUGCUCCGAAACAUCUGGGUGACAGGGCUUCUGAGGCCCGUAAGAAAGAGUAUCAGGAAUGGGAGGAGAAGAAUUCUCUUGUCCGAUGUUUCAUCAUAGCAUCUUUGGACAAUCAGAUCCAGAGACAGUUCGAUAAGAUCAAAGUGUCCAAGGAUAUCCUGGAUAGUUUGAAGGCGAUGCAUGAGGAGAAAAACCAUUCUUCCUGUCAAAAGGUCCUCAAACUAUUGACGACCACCCAGAUGACCGAGACCCAACAGGUCCAUGACCACUGCUUAAAAAUGAUGGGUUAUAUCAACGAACUGGAGGCUCUUGGUUCUCAGCUAGAUGAGGACACUAAAACUAAUGCCAUCUUAAACUCUCUGCUUCCCACCUUUAAUCAGUUUGUCAUGAACUACAACAUGAUCAAGAUAAAAGUUAGCCUUUAG